UAUCCAAAUAUCAUCAACGAGAGAGAGAGACCAAGUUUUUUAUAAGCUUCAAAUCCAUUCGAGAGUUUGGCGUUUUCCGAUCUGUUUCUCUUCUUGCAAACCAAACAAGAAAAAACAAAAUUCGAAGAUAGUUUUUUGGUGAUAAAAUUCGGAUACGGAUCCGAGAGAGAGUUUUCCCCCAAAUUUGUAAAAUUAGGUUUUUCUUCUUCGCCUCCUCCUCCUCCUCCUUCUCUUAAGCCCUAGCCUUUCUGUUUGAUUCCUAUCUUGGUUUCGCUUUCCCUCAUCCAAUUUUGCAGUUUUUUCAACCUAAUUUUUUCGUAUUACGUCUUCUUGUACUUUCUUGCAAUUUCUUUUUUUUUUUCUUUUGUGCAUUGAGAGAGAGAUUUUAUAAUAUUAAGAGGAUCCUCUUAUUGAUAGUUUUCUUUGUACUAUAUUAUUAUUACCUCUCAUGGAUUCUCUUCGGGUUUCGAUUCUCCUAUUGUGUGCGAUAGCUCUGUCAUGCUUUACGUCCGGGUUCGCUUCAUCACGGGCCGUUUGCAAUUACGAAUUCGAGCUGUUCCGGUUCGAUUUAGAUGCUAAAUGUCCUCUUUAUCUCUAUCCAACUCCUCCUCCUAUUCAGGUAGAUGGAGACUCACUGGACAGGUUAAUGGCUUUAAACCAUGGAAAUGCUUAUAUGUCUGUACUCUUUUAUGCUUCCUGGUGCCCAUUCUCACGUGCUCUGCGCCCUAAGUUUGACAUGUUGAGUUCCAUGUUUCCUCAAAUACAGCACUUAACUGUGGAGCAUUCUCAAGCACUACCCUCUGUCUUUUCUAGGUAUGGUAUCCAUAGCUUACCUUCAAUCCUGAUGAUAAACCAAACUUUAAAAGCUCGGUACCAUGGUCGAAAGGAUCUUACAUCCCUGAUUGAGUUUUAUGAAGAAGCAACAGGUCUCCAACCUGUACAGUAUGUGGCUGAAGGGGAACCAACAGGCUUAGAUGCCGGCGAUGGUAAUUUGAUCACAUGGUUGCGCAACGGGACAUCUAUCAGAGAAAUCUUCAAACAAGACCCGUUCUUGAUACUAUCUCUGCUGUUUAUCUGUUUACAAAUAGCAAUCCUUGUCUUCCCCAUAGCUGAAUCGCGCAUGAGAGCGUUGUGGGCCUCUUAUGUUCCCAAUCUGAACCUGGAAAGAUUUAGAGAGGUAAGCCAACUGUUCAGCCGUGGUCUUCAUAUGGUGGAUGUGAGGAGGUUAUGGUUGAAACUUAGACUCAUCAAAACGAGGAACUUCCAUGAAAGGGCAAUGAAUGCACAAGCCUGGGCUUCAUCACUCGCAUCUGUCUCUCUUGGCCAAACUUCAUCAGACCAAUCCUGAUCCUAAGGGUUAAAACCAAAGGCCCUUUGAAAGAUAUUCUAAUAUCUUGUCAGCGUUGGAAAGAGAUAAGCUUUUAAGUGUGUUCUGGAAGUCUGAAAGUUCCUUUAAUGAAAUGUUAUAUGACUUUUGAGUUUUAUUUGUCUGCAUCAAAGCAUGUAAAUCCAGGAACAGCUUUGCUUCUAUUUGUGAAUAUCUUUCUCCCUUUUUUUGUUCUAUAAAAUCUGAGAUGUCUGUUUCGGCCUCAUUUCUUUUACUGAAUAAUUUGAUUGAUUGAGUCA